AACGAGUUGGUCUUAAGGUAGAGAGGAGAGAUAUUUCUGUCGGCCAAAACACGAACGCUCACGUUUUUGGCAUCAGUAUACCAGCUACAGGGAUAACAGGUUACACCAUGAUCAACUGUAGGCCUUGUAUGAAGAGAAACUCUUGAUUAAACCUUCAGCUGAAACUCCUGGACAGGUGUCCCAGCCUCCGAGAUAGACCUUGAGCGCACACCAGGAAUCAACGAUGUCCAGGCCGCUAACUCAGCUCCUACCACCGGAGCUACCAGCUGGGGCGAGCCCACAGUUCGGAACCGGCAACCCGUCCGUGACCACCCCUAAUGGCCACCCCAACUCCAUGGCAAGCCUCAAGACCCUGCUGCAGCUCCCAAUCAAAGCUGACCAGCGAGGGAAAGACUGCUGCGAAAUAAAAGAUAAAGACAAACCAGUGGACUCUGAUGAGGACUCCCAGGGUGUGGGCAGCGUGGCCGGCGUGUGCGGGAUCAGCGGUGGUGCCUCCUCCGUGCGUUCGGUCUCCCAGUCGGCCUUCCUAGGCCCUCUUCUGUGGGAGCGCACGCUGCCGUGCGACAGCGGCCUCUUCCAGCUCCAGUACAUGGACCUGGAGGAGUUCCUCACCGAGAACGGCAUGGGCUGCAUGCCGUCGGCCGGCGGCGGCACCAACACCGGCGGCACGGGCUCGGGAGGGGGCGGCACGGGCGGAAGCGCCAACGCCCAGAUCCCCUCGCAGAGCUCGCAGUCGGCCGUGCCCAACCAGAGCUCGCAGUGCCCCUCGUCGGCCUCGUCGCCGCCGCCCUGCUCCUCCUCUUCCUCGUCCUGCUCCUCCAUCUCGUCGUCCUCCUCCACGUCCUCCCUGCUGGGGCUGGACGGCCCACAGCCUCCGCCGCCCGUGCCACCAAGCAUGCUCCAAGGAGGCCCCGAGUGCCUACAUGGAGGCCAGGCUGUGCCACCAGAACCUUCAUCGUCCUCGUCUUCAUCCUGUCCACCUCCGCCAGGCCCACUGAGUAACAAUGCCAACGACGUCAUGGUGAACUUUGACCCUGACCCUGCGGACCUUGCACUGUCCAGCGUGCCAGGCCAGGAGGCCUUUGACCCUCGGAGGCACCGCUUCUCAGAGGAUGAGCUCAAGCCUCAGCCCAUGAUCAAGAAGGCCCGCAAGAUGCUGGUGCCUGAUGAGCAGAAGGAUGAGAAGUACUGGUGCCGGCGCGUGAAGAACAACGAGGCGGCUAAGCGCUCGCGCGACGCCCGGCGGCUCAAGGAGAACCAGAUCACGGUGCGCGCCGCCUUCCUGGAGCGUGAGAACGCAGCGCUGCGGCAGGAGGUGGCCGACAUGCGCAAGGAGCUCGGCCGCUGCCGGAACAUCCUCAGCAAGUACGAGACCCGGCACGGCGACCUGUGAGGACGACAAGGACGAGGAGGAGGAGGACGCCGUCGAGGAGGAAGAGGAUGAGGAAGAAAUGAGAGAAAGAGAGAGCAGGAGAGGAAGAGGAGAGAAGCCAACAAACAAACAUACAAACAAAAAAAACAAACGUUAGCACUUCUGAAACGACGGGGCGGGCACUCUAGCGCCCCCUCUCUGUGGGUUGGGGUUAGACGGGCUAGCGGUAUAAUCAGGUUCUAAGCAGGUCCUGAGUGUUUUUUCAGCACUUGCAACACUUGCCGAUCCCAGCACUCCUUCACCCACCUCCCCCUGACCUUAACCC